AUGAUGUACUUGCAGUAUGCGUAUAAAUACAGAAACUGUCUUAUCCCUUUGUCGCAUGAAAAGAGUAAAAGUAUUGUUUGGCCGCUCUCACAGGAAAUGGUUCAACCAUACGGAUACAGCAUAAGAAAGAACUUAUCCCACCAUAAAUAUAUUUUUUCAUGGACAAUGUGUAUUGUAUCGUAUGCAUAUAUUGCUAUACUUAACACGUACAGAAGCACAUUAGAAUAUAACCUAUCGAUUAUAUCUGUAGUUCUUAUUAUACUAUAUCUUCAGAUAAUAUUUCAUAACAGAAAUACGGAAAUGACCCGCAUUACAGCAGUAAAUUCUUUAAAAAGAACUGUACUGCUAUUACUCAUUGGCAAGUGCGUAGAGUAUUCUGUACAGUGUAUUAGUAAGAUAGAUAAAAGUUCGCGAAUCCUUCUAUAUUUAGAAGCAGAGCAGUCUGUUGUGUACGCAGGGAUGAUUCUUUACAGCUUGAGUUAUUCUGACAUGUCAGCGCAUUGGAGAGUACUUUUAAGCACAAGUGCUGUAUACUGCGUAAAAUUAUUCAUGUGCUACAAUUUUAACAAAAUUGAAUAA